AGUUAUUUUGGGAUUGAUUUUGGGGCUGGAUUUUGUGGCAAUUUUAUUUAUAAAAUACAUUUCUCCGUAAUUUUUAUACAAUGUCUACUUCCAUGGAGGAUGUCCUUUUGCAAGUACCUCAUGUACGAUACAAAAAAGGUGAUGGAUCCCUUUUUCUCAUGGACCAAAGACUAAUUUGGAUGGUAGAAAAUAAAGAUACAGUGGCGGUGUCCCAUCCUUAUGCAGAUAUAAAAUCACAAAAGAUUUCUCCAGAAGGAAAAGCCAAAGUUCAGUUACAAGUAGUUCUUCAUAAUGGGGUAUCUUCUACCUUUCACUUCACAAGUAAAAAUGGCACUCAAGCUCAAAUCGCCGACAGGGAUAAAGUGAAAGAAAUGUUACAAAAUCUACUUCCAAAAUUCAAAAGAAAAGUAGACAAAGAAUUGGAGGAAAAAAACAAGCUUCUCUCCAGCAAUCCUGCCUUAUUACAAUUAUACAAAGACUUAGUGAUGGCAGAAGUUGUAUCUUCUGAAGAAUUUUGGGCACAACAUGCUCAACAAUACAUGAAAAAUCAGAAACAACAGCCCCAAGAAAUAGGUGUUUCUGGAGCAUUUCUGGCUGAUAUAAAACCUCAAACUGAUGGCUGUAAUGGACUCAAAUAUAACAUAACCCCUGAUAUUAUUGAGUGUAUAUUCAAGACAUAUCCGGCUGUGAAAAAAAAGUACAUAGAUAAUGUACCUUCAAAGUUGACAGAAUCUCAGUUCUGGACCAAAUUUUUUCAAUCUCAUUAUUUCCAUAGGGACAGAAAAUAUGCAGAGAGCAAAGACAUAUUCACAGAAUGUGGUAAAAUAGAUGAUCAAGAAAUGAAGAAAGACAUACAGACUGGAGUGGAUGACCCUCUAGUGAAUUUGACUGAAUUUGAAGAUAACACAAUUGAUGAAGGAUAUGGAACAAGGAAUGAAAAAACACAUAGCACCUCAGGCACUGUCAGUCAAGCUAUGAUCAAAAGAUUCAAUCAACAUUCAAUAAUGGUUCUGAAAGCUUCAAAAAAUCAAAACAGUGAUAACCCCUUGCAAGAAAAUGGAGUUCAAUCAAAGGAAUCCAGUACAAAUGGCACAAGUUCUACUGCAAAAAAGAAAGAUGAAGGGCCAGUCAGCAAAAGACAAAGGAUAUUGGAAAAAAUUACUUAUGAUGAUUUAGAAGAUAAAGUGGAAGAAACAAAUAUGCAAGGACGUCCACUAAAUCUAUCAAAGGUGGAAAGGUACCUUCAUGGCCCUAUGCCAGAUUCUGCUAUUGAAUAUUGGAAUGCAAGUGAGGCUACUACAGUUUUGAGAGGGGUCCUUCAAGAGACAAGACAAUGGAGUAGCAGGCAUUCUUCUGGCUCACUAGUGAGCCCUGCCGCUGCUGUAGGAGCCCUGGGAGAGCUGUCUCCAGGUGGUGGUCUUAUGAGAGGGUUCCAAGAACAAUCAUUAGCACAAUUGGUUCCACCUGAUAUAGAAAAAGAAGUAAGGAAUUUAUAUUUGGCACUUUGUGAGUUGCUUCACCAUUUUUGGGGCUGUUUUCCUCCUACUACACCAAAUGCAGAGGCCAAACUUGUGAAAAUGCAUGAAGCACUCAAUAGAUUUCACACUGCCAAACUUAAACCUUUUGAGGAUAAGCUGAUUAGGGAAUUAUCUCCACUUUCACACCACCUCACAAAACAUCUGAAUCAGCUCUUGAAUGCAUCCUAUCAGAAAUUCGUUAACUACCAGAAAAUCAAGAGCCGGUAGAACUGCCAAAUUAUGUAUUUUGUUGGAUCUAAUAAUUAGACAAUAGAUUUUUAUAGCAAUAC